CAUUUUAUUAACAAAUGGGAAAUCGUUGUAUACAAAAUUAACUACCAGAUCCAGAAUUAAACAAUAGUCAAAUUCAAAAUGGAAAAAUUUAAUCUCCAAUAGAUAAACCGUCACAUAUUCAAUAAGAUCCACCUUAACCUGAUGUACUGAUUUAAUAACCUGAUCCAAAAAAUUAACCUGAUCCACCUGUUAACUUAGAAGAUAGAAGAUAGAUUGAAGAAAGAAGUGCUUUAGCAAUAUAAGGAGCAGCUAGAAAAAAAAUUGCCAGAUAAAGAGCUAGUGAAUAAAGAGCUUUGCUUGAAGAAGAUAAACCUAAAGAUUGGACUAUAUUUGAAGGAGAUUUUAAAAGUCCUUAAUUACCAUCUGAUGCAUAUGACAAAAUUGAUAAGACUGUCACAAAUGAUAAUCGAAUGCUAUCUACUUAUACAAAAGAUGGAAAUAUUUAUUUAGGAUAAUGGAAUAAAGGGAAAAUGUAAGGAUAUGGUCAAAUGAUUCAAUCAGAUGGAACUUAUUUAGAAGGACAAUGGAAUAAUGAUUAAUUGGAAGAUGGAGCCAUUUACUUUCCAAAUAAAGACUUAUAUGUAUUAUAAAUAAAUAUUUUUAGUUAGGAACUAAAUAGUAAGGAUUAAGAAUGUAUAGUAAUGGUGCUAAAUGUUAUGGAGAUUUUUUAAAUAGAUUGCCACAUGGUUAAGCAAUUGAAGAACAUCCAGAUGGUACUAAAUAUGAGGGGACAUUUAUUAAUGGAUAAAAACAUGGAAAAGGUCUAAUCAAAUUUGCAGAUGGAUCAGAAUAUAAUGGAGAAUAUAGGAAUGGAUAAAUGGAAGGUUAUGGAGUAUUCAUAUAAAAAAAUGGAUUUAAAUAUGAAGGUUAAUGGUAAAGAAGUAUGAUGAAUGGUCAUGGUAAAUUACAUUUCUAAGAUGGAACUAUAUAUGAAGGUAAUAACUUUUAUAUAUCUAAGGGGAUUUUCAUGAUGAUGUUUUUGAAGGUUAAGGAACUAUGACUUAUUCUGAUGGUUCUAAAUUUGAAGGACAUUUUAAAAAUAAUAAAAGAGUUGGAAAAGGAAAAGUUACUACAAGUGAUAAAGUUGUUACAGAAUGUGAUUGGUAAGAGGGAGAAUUAAUCCUAAAUAUUUAAUAGAUAUCAUAGAACAACUGA